GUGAAGUUACAUCCAGCAGCAGUAACGAGAACUAACAGGUUAACGUCCCACCUGGUGUGCAGAUCAGCUGAUCCAGCAUCACAGACACCAACAAAUUUCUCUCAGUUAUCCUGACAGAGCUCUUGUUACAGUACGGUCAUGGCAGCAUCACGAGCAUAUGAACUCCGGGUUUUGUUAUUUGGAAAGAGUCAGACAAAGAAGGCUCAACUAUCCAACUUCAUGAAAGGGAAAAAAGAUCUCCCUUUCCCCAAAGUGACCCAACACUUCCUAGGUGCUGGUAAAGCUAAUUUAACGGUGAUCAACACAUCAGACACCUUCAGUCUUCCUGACGACAAAGUGAAACAUGAAAUGAGGAGGUGCGUGGCUUCCUGUCCUCCCGGACCAAAUGUUCUGCUGCUCUUAGUGAAGCCUUCUGAUUUCACUGCAGACGACAGAGAAAAGCUAAAGUUCGCUCUGAGUUUCUUCGGCCAAGAUGCAUUUAAUUAUGCAAUCGUCAUCUUGACCCACAGCGAGGGGGGAAAAAACUCAGCGGUGGAUCGACUCAUUCAGGACUGCAGGAAAAGGCACCAGAAGAUCAGCUUUGAUAAGCUGUCAGAACAUGAUCCCCAGGAACUCUUCAAGAACAUGGAGAACUUACUGAGGGACAACAAACUAGGCCAUCUAAACUUCUCAGACGUGCAUGAUCCCAUGGCGCCGUCCUACACCUUCAAACCUCCUCUCAGCUUAGUCUUGUGUGGGACUCAGAGACUCUGGAAAACCGCAGUAUCCAACGCCAUCCUGGGAAAACAACAGUUCAGUCCAACUGCAGACUCGGAGUGCGUUAAGAAUGAGGUGGAAGUGUUUGGACGUUUGGUGUCUCUGAUCGAGAUGCCCGCCAUGUCUGGAAAAACUUCAGAAGAAGCGACGAGGGAGACUCAAAGAUGCAUGUCCCUCUGGAACCCUGAAGGCGUCCACGCCUUCGUCCUGGUCCGACCUCUGGCUUCACUCAGCAAACAAGACGAGAAGGAAGUGGAGAUGAUUCAGGAGAAAUUCAGCUCUAAAGUCAACGACUUCAUCAUAAUUCUGUUCACGGUGGACUCCAAUCCGACAGAUCCAGAUGUUGUUAAGAUAGUCAAAGAAAACCAGGACAUCCAGCGGCUAUGUCGGAUCUGUGGAGGACGUUACGUCAUCUUCAACGUUACAGACAAAAAGCAGGUUUCUGAAAUCCUGCUCUACGUGGAGAAGAUGACAGCUCUGGGAUCUCAGUGCUUCACAAGACAAAUGAUUGUGAAACCACGAGCAAAGAAAUUUAUAAAGCUAAGUUCUGAAUCAGAAGAUAAGUCUGUGAGGAUGGUAAUGAUCGGGAAGACCGGCUGUGGGAAGAGCGCCACUGGAAACACCAUUCUGGGGACAAAAGCCUUUGACUCGAAAGCCUCCAUAAGUUCAGUCACAGCCAUUUGCAAAAAGGAAAGAGGGGACGUCAAUGGACGGUCCAUUGUGUUGGUCGACACGCCUGGUUUGUACGACACGAGUCUGUCCAACGAUGAGGUGAAGCAGGAGCUUGUGAAAUGCAUCAGCCUGUUGGCUCCCGGUCCUCACGUCUUCUUAUUGGUGGUCCAGAUCGGUCGCUUCACCCAGGAGGAAAAAGACACCGUGCAGCUAAUCCAGAAAUACUUCGGCAAGGAGUCAAAAGAUUUUAUCAUCGUUAUUUUCACCAGAGGAGACGAUCUCGAAGGUCAGAACAUAGACAGUUACCUCAAAGAACACAAUGAUGACUUCGUCAAGCAGCUGAUUGAGGAUUGUGGUCGACGAUACCACGCCUUCAACAACAGAGAAAACACUGAUCGUACACAAGUCGAAGAGCUUCUGAACAAGGUGGAUGCCAUGGUGAAGUCGAAUGGUGGCGGCUGCUACACCUCAAAGAUGUUCCAAGAGGCCGAAGCAGCCAUUCAGAAUGAAGUGAAGAGGAUCCUGAAGGAGAAGGAGGCAGAGAUGCAGAGAGAAAAGGAGGAAAUGCAAAGAAAAUAUGAAGAAGAAAUUCAGGCAAAGUUGAAGAAAAUUGACCAGGAAAGAGCAGAAAAAGACAAAGCAUUUAAAGAAAAGGAAGAAUACAUUAAACAAGAGGAGGAGAAAAGAAAGAAGGAAGAGGAAGAGAGAGGAAAGGAGGAGACAGAUCGAAAAAUGAAAGAAGAGCAUCACCGACGGCAGAUGGAAGAAAAGCUGGAAGCUUUAGAGAAGAAAAUUGAAUCUGAGUGUGACAGAAAUGCAACGGCUGACAGAAAACUGAUGAUGACCAGAGAAGAGAUGAAAAGAGAACGAGAGGCUUGGGAGAAAGAACGGAAAGAAUGGUGGAAGAAAAGAGAGAGAGAGGAACAGCAGAGGCACCAGGAGCAAGCUCAGCUUCAAAAGCUCAAAGAAGAAUACGAGCUGGACAGAAAUGAGUAUGAAAACAAACGAAAAGUAGAAGAUGUGAUGAGAAGAGAACAAGAGGAGAAAGAAUGGAAAGAGGAACAGGCAAAAUACAAAAAAAGAAUGGAAGAAGAAAUGAAGAAAAACGAAGAAGAAGCCAGAAAGAAAGCUGAAGAAUUCAACGAGUUCAGACAGAAAUACAUGGCAGACUUUGCUGCUCUGACAGAGAAGCAUGACAAAGAAAUGGAAGACAUGAAGCAGAACCAACAAAAGAGGAACGAGUGGAUGCUUAAAAACCUGCUCAAGGACAAAAAACUCCAGAGAGAGUUCGAUCUAAUGAAGAGGAGACAAAAAGAAGAAAUGAACGAACUGAUGAACAAUCACACUGAUACGAGUGAAGAAGACCUGAAGAAGGAAAUGAAUCAGCUGCAGAUUAAACACGAGGAAGAAGUCAACGACUGGAUCACAGAAUCUGCAGAGCAAGUUUCGGACAAGUCCUGCAGCAUUUUAUAAGGUCGCAUCUUCCAUCAGGACCGACAUUAAUCCAGUAAUUACAUGUUAUAUGACACGUCUGUUAGCAUGCAGAAGACGAAACAUAAAAAAUAUUAACUCCUUUCCUUUCUUUUCAGAAAAACCAUACAUGCUCUGUGUACGCUCCACCUGUGCUUCACAUGUAUAUGCACAUGUGAACAUAUGUGGUUUUGAAACAGUUUCAUAUGACCAACAUGUGAAGAACAUGUCAAGCUCAUGUUCAUGCAUGUGGUCCACAUUUGCUAUGAUUUGAGUUUGGAACAUUUGUGAGAACAUAUGAAACACAUGUGGACCAUGUGUUUAACAUAUAGUAGACAUGUUUUGCUAAUGUGUUUCACAUGUGAAUCACGCAUUGUUGACACAUGAUUUACAUGUAAGUCACGUGUAUCAUAUAUUUUACAAAUGUGUUUCACAUGUUUCGCAUAGAGUUUAUAUGUGGUUCACAUGUGAAAUGUGUUUUUUCUAUAAAGGCUGUAAUGGAUGUAAAGCUUGGGCAAAUAUGAGAAAUACAUUUUUAUUUAAACGUUUAAUUUUUCCCUUCAUAAAGCUUUUGUAUUUAACACAUUUAGAAAUCAAAUGUCAGGUUUGAUGAAGACUUAGUCUAAGUGCAGAAUAUAAACACUAUUAACAUUUUUUGUGUGUAUUAUCUAUAUAUUGCAUAAUUGUUUCGGCUUUUUUAAAAGGUUAUCUGAUCAGCAGGAUUUCUUUGUUGUAUGAACUCAAUUAUUAGAAAAUAGGUGGUCUUGAUUAAAGGUGUGUAAUAAAACAAAUAAAGCAAGUAUGAGGUGACA